AUAUUAAUUUCAAUUUUUACGGUGUUGGGACAAUUUUCUGUAGUUUUGGGGCUUCCCUCCAAGCAAAACGAGCAUGAGAAGGAAAAGGAACCCCCUGCUACUGCAUUGCGGAGGUUAUUUACAUGUCAAUAUCCAAUGCAAAAGUACUAUCCUUCUUCCCAUAAACCAUCUUCAAACUUUAAUGGGUAAACAUGCACUGCCAUUGCGUAGAUUAUUCCAUGCACUGACAGCAAACCAUAAAUUUUCAUUUUUACCUUCAGAUGCUAUAGAAAAUUAUCCCAACCUCUCCUCAUGCAAAGACCUAUACUCUCUCCUUCAAGUUCAUGCCCGCUUGAUAGUCUCAGGUCGUCAAGAAGACCAUUCUACGAAUACCCAUCUUGUCAAGUCUUACCUUUCGUUUAAAAAAUGCGACUCUGCUCGUUUCUUGUUUGAUUCUUUGCCAAACCCAAGUGUUAGGUUAUACAACUCUAUGAUACGAGCUCAUGCAAGUGUGAAAAAUCACCAAGGAGCUAUUCAAUUGUAUCAUUGCAUGUUAGGCAAACACUUGGAGCCAGAUAAGUAUACGUUUACGUUUGUUCUGAAAGCUUGCACUGGUGCAUUAGAGUUUAAAGAGGGCGUUUUGGUUCAUCGGGAUAUAGUACUUAGAGGGCUAGAGUGUGAUGUUUUUAUUGGGACUGCUCUUGUUGACAUGUACUGUAAAAUGGGUGAUUUACAAUUGGCAAGAGAAGUAUUCGAUAAAAUGCCCAAGAAAGAUGUUAUAACGUGGAAUGCAAUGAUUUUGGGCUUGUCGCAGAGUGUAAAUCCUAAAGAAGCACUGGGUUUUUUUUGGAAUAUGCAGUUGUGUGGUAUGGAGCCUGAUCUAAUAAGCAUUGUGAAUUUGGUCCCAGCUGUUUCGAGUUUGGGUGAUAUCGAUGCUUGUAGGUCCAUACAUGGUUAUGUGAUUAGGAGGGGUUUUGAUGCAGUUGUUUCGAAUGGGUUAAUUGAUAUGUACUCUAAGUGUGGGGACAUUGAUAUGGCUAGUCAUGUCUUCAAACAAAUGCAAGACAGAGAUGAUAUUUCAUGGAGAACAAUGAUGGCAGGUUAUGCACAUAACGAGUGCUUCUUUGAGGUUUUGGAUUUAUUUGAUUCCAUGAAGAGAGAGAAUGUUAGGUUGAAUUACAUAUCAGUUGUAAAUGCUCUUUCGGCUGCUGCAGAGAUGAGAGAUUUAAGGAGAGGGCAAGAAAUUCAAGAUUAUGCUAGACAACAACGAAUUGACUCAGAUGUCUUUGUUGCUACUGCUAUGAUGACUAUGUAUGCAAAAUGUGGAGAACCAGAGGCGGCUAAAUCUCUGCUUCGAGAGCUUAAGGUAAGGGAUUUGGUUGCUUGGUCAGCAAUCAUAGCUGCUCUUGUUCAAUCAGGGCAUCCUGAAGAUGCACUGUCAUUAUUUCGGGAUAUGCAGAAUGAUUGUUUGAAAGCAAACAAUGUUACCGUCAUGAGCUCACUUUCAGCUUGUGCAGAAGCACAGUCCCCAAGAUUAGGUAAAAGCUUGCAUUGUUAUGCUGUUAAAACCCAUAUUGACUCAGAUAUCUCACUUGCAACAGCCUUAGUUUCCAUGUAUGCUAAAUGUGGAUUCUUUGCUUGUGCAUUGACUAUAUUCAAUAGAAUGCCAUGUAAAGAUAUUGUGCUGUGGAAUGCUUUGAUAAAUGGGUACACCCAGAAUGGUGACCCUUAUCAUGCAAUGGAGAUUUUCCAGAAAGUGCAGUCAUCCGAAAUAUGCCCAGACUCAGGAACGAUGGUUGCUUUGCUUUCAGCAUGUGUCCUUUUAGAUGACCAAAACCAGGGAUCCUGCAUCCACGGAAAAAUUAUUAAGUAUGGGUUUGAAUCUGAAUGCCAUGUAAAAAAUGCGCUCAUUGACAUGUAUGCCAAAUGUGGAAGCCUUUCAACUGCCAAAUUAUUGUUCAAUGGAACUGACUUUAAAAAGGAUGAGGUAUCUUGGAAUGUACUGAUUGCAGGAUAUGUGCACAAUGGACAAGCAAAAGAAGCUGUAAUACCCGGCUCGUUCAGACAUCGGAAUUCUUACCGUCCGGAGGAAUUCGAGGUUGUCGGAGCCUUCCCUAAGGGUAAAACAAAGGUUUUAAGAUGGUUUCAGAGGGUAUUUUUGGGGUCAUGGAAUGUGAUGCUCACAGGGUAUGCAGUUCAUGGGCAAGGGCGCCGUGCUAUUCAACUUUUCUCGCUUAUGCAAAAGAUUCAUGUCAGUGUUGAUUCUUUAUCCUUCCUCAGUGUGUUGUCUGCUUGUAGACAUGCAGGUUUAAUAGAUGAAGGUAGGACCAUAUUUGAUUCCAUGCACAAAAAGCACCAUCUUGAACCAGGUUUGGAACAUUAUACUUGUAUGGUGGAUCUGUUAGGUCGGGCUGGAUUAUUUGAUGAAAUUUUGCAUUUAAUCGAGGCCAUGCCAUUGGAACCUGAUGCCAGAGUGUGGGGUUCCCUACUGGGUGCUUGUAAAAUGCAUUCCAAUGUCCUGUUAGCGGAAUAUGCACUAGAUCAUCUUGUUAAGCUUGAGCCCAAGAAUCCAAUCCAUCAUGUGGUUUUAUCAAAUAUCUAUGCUAAAUCUGCAAGGUGGGGUGAUGCAGGUGAGACGAGAUCAAAGAUGAUCAAGUCAGGGUUAAGGAAAAGCCCAGGAUGGAGUUGGGUGUGAGAAAGUGCGCAGGUAUAAGGUGUACUUGCAUUUGGAUUGGGGAGACAGCGGCUACUGACAAGUAAAGAAUAUGGCUUUAUUCUGAAACAUUUAUUUUAAGUGGACUGGAAAAGAAUAUAUGUUUCCUGACAGGACUGGUUUGCUACAGGAUGUGGAGGAGAGAACUGUUGCUUUUAAAGCAUGGCUGAUAUUAGCAAUAGUUUUUGCUCUUCUGAAGCCCAGAUGAUUGUCUAGAAGCAUAAGAAAUUCUAAAUUUUCACAGAUCGCUGUGCUGCCAGACAUAUCCUUACGGAAAUACCAAAGCUGCAUGAUGAAAACUCGUUGUUUGAGGAACUGCUAUUUACUCAUUCCUUCAUUCUGUCAUACCUUUGCUUGUGCAGUUAUUGUUGGUGGCAAUAUGAAGAAGAACAAGCAUUCCUUUCCUUGUAAAUUUGAAAGCAGUGGACAAAAUAAGCUAGCUGCUGUGUGGAGUAUUCAUCUUUAGCACACAAGAAGCUCCCUCGAUGAAGAUUUGACUGUUAUAGUUACAUGAUAUAUUAGCCUGAGAUCCACAAUGGAUGGACCGUGAGCCAGGAAAAGAAUAUAAACUUGCAAUAAAACGUCCUACAGUGGCAAGAACAUAUUGAUCGAGGCCUAUCAAUGAUCAUUACAUUGCUUGGACUAAUUAUCAUUGCAUUAUAUUGGAAGAUAUCUUAUAUGUUAUUCUUUUGAGAAGGUUGGAAUGAUUUUUCUGGAAAGAUGAAAGAUUAAAAGCCAGCCUACAAGUUAUAGCAUUGGAAAAUUCUUGUAUGCAUCCAGAUACCUUUCAGAAAUUGACACUCUGCGUGGACCUCAAAUGAUAAUGAGCGAUGGAACCACCAUGGUCACAGAGGUGGUUUCAGAAGAUGACUCCCAUAUUUGUCUCUAUGUACUGCUUCAGGACAUGCUUAAGGUUGGAGACGUGGUUGUCGGUUCGAAAGGGAAUGGAGUUUCAAAGGAUGUUCUUCUUCCUGUUAGAUGAUAGUAGUUAGUAAAAAGUCAUCAAAUCCCAUAUCUAAAAUUUAUAAGAAACAAUGUGUUUAAGCCUUAAAUGACCAAAUCAAUUAAAUUUGGUCGAUGAAAAAUUUUUGGCCAAAGAUGAGCCGUUCUAAGAAUUAAAAAUAAAAUUUUUAAGUUCUUAAAUUUAUAGUUGAAUUGUACAGAUACAAAUGUUCAAAGACCAAAAGUGGCAACUACUAUCUAGUAGUUGUUUUGUAAUAACCAUGUCUUAAAGAAGAGACUAUAAAUACUUUGCAAACAAA